ACCAGGGGUUAUACAGCAUCUUUUGCUUUCUUUGAAGCCCUUUGGGAGGGCGGUGUCAGCCAUGUCUUCGUCAAUCUAGGAUCCGACCACCCAUCCAUCCUCGAGGCCAUGGUGAAAGGCCACAAAGAGAGAAAAGAUCAGUUUCCAACAAUCAUCACCUGCCCCAAUGAGAUGGUGGCCCUUUCCAUGGCCGACGGCUACGCCCGAUUGACCGGCAAGCCGCAAGCAGUGAUCGUCCACGUCGAUGUCGGCACACAAGGACUCGGUGCAGCAGUUCAUAAUGCCUCGUGCGGACGCGCCCCGGUGCUCAUCUUUGCCGGUCUAUCGCCGUACACAAUUGAAGGCGAGAUGAGAGGUUCGCGUACGGAGUACAUCCAUUGGAUUCAAGAUGUGCCUGAUCAGAAGCAGAUUGUCGCGCAAUACUGCCGGUACUCUGGUGAGAUCAAGUCCGGUAAGAAUAUCAAGCAGAUGGUGAACCGGGCUUUGCAGUUCGCUACCAGUGACCCACAAGGACCGGUAUACCUGGUCGGGGCACGAGAGGUUAUGGAGGAAGAUUUUGAGCCCUAUCAGCUUAAUCAAGCAGUUUGGGGGCCUGUGUCUCCAGCAGCUUUGCCCGCCUCGGGCGUUGAGCUUAUUGCCAAGGAACUUGCAGCAGCGAAACACCCGCUGAUUAUUGCUGGAUAUUCGGGUAGAAAGGCUCAGGCUGUGACUGAACUGGUCGCUUUGGCAAACAACUUCAAGGGAGUUCGUGUGCUGGACACUGGCGGUAGUGAUAUGUGCUUCCCGGCUAACCACCCUGCGUGGCUGGGAUUGAGAUACCCUGGACACGAUGCGGUAGGAACAUCUGAUCUAAUUCUUGUGAUCGAUUGUGAUGUCCCUUGGGUUCCCACUCAAUUCAAGCCAUCUGCUUCGGCCAAAGUUAUUCACAUCGAUGUCGACCCCUUGAAGCAACAAAUCCCAGUCUUCUACAUCCACUCCAUGGCUACUUUCCGCGCAGACUCUUCUACGGCUCUCAAGCAGAUCAAUGACUAUGUCAACUCCCAAGGCUCUCUGCUGAAAUUCAUUGGUUCCAAGGAGAACAUCGCCAUGGGCCAAAUCCGGGACGAAGAUUACUUGAAGCGCCGACAAGAAAUUACCGAUCUAGCUGUUACACCCGAAGGAGGCGAUGAUGCUUCGUUGAAUAUCAAUUACCUCAUGGCCCAAGUCCGCCAGGGCGUUCCCGACGAUACUAUCUGGGCCAUUGAGUCAGUGACAAAUACCCAUUUUGUGGCUGAUCAAGUCUCAGCUACCCUGCCACAGUCAUGGAUUAACUGUGGAGGCGGUGGUCUUGGAUGGUCAGGUGGCGGUGCCCUUGGCAUCAAGCUUGCUAGUGAUAUGCAGCACGGAGGACUAGGCAAGGGCAAAUUUAUUUGCCAGGUUGUCGGCGAUGGCACAUUCUUGUUCUCAGUGCCUGGAUCUGUCUACUGGAUUUCCCGCCGAUACGGAAUCCCCAUUUUGACCAUUGUCUUAAACAAUAAGGGAUGGAAUGCGCCUCGUCGAAGCAUGCUCCUCGUUCACCCCGAGGGAGAUGGUUCACGCGCGACGAACGAAGAUCUCAAUAUUUCUUUUGCGCCUACACCCGAUUAUGCGGGUAUUGCAAAGGCUGCUGCAGGCGGUGAGCUGUGGGCUGGGCGUGCAUCAACUGUUGCUGAGCUGGCACAAAAACUUCCGGAGGCCAUCAAGAGUGUCCUUGAUGGAAAGGCGGCUGUGUUAGAAGCACAGCUUGAUGGGACGUCGGGUAAGUUUGUGGAAAACUCUUGA